AUAUAAAUAGUUUGAUUAUUGGUGUUGAUCAAAUUCAAAAACGCUUUACAAAAUACAAAUUGAUUAACAAGUAAGAAAACAUGUUCAGUUUUUUCAGUUAUAACAACAUCCUCUUCCUGUUAACUCUCUCUCUCCUCUUUCAUCUAUUUCUCGCCAGAACAUUUCCCAGCGGUUUAAUAGCCGGCGACCUCUCACCAAACGCCACGUGGCAAAACUUCCUCACUUUCAUCGACGCCGGCAAGGGUGCCAACUUCUCCGGCAUGUCCGAGCUUAAAAAAUACUUCCACCGUUUCGGCUACCUCCAGACCCCGAACGACGUCGUUCACAACUUCACGGACGUAUUCGACGACACCUUCGAAUCCGCCGUCGUAAACUACCAGAAAAACCUCGGACUUACGGUCACCGGAAAGCUCGACGCCGUCACCGUUACACAAAUAAUGUCACCGCGCUGUGGUAUGAGCGACUCCGUGAAACAAUCAACGAAUAGUAGUAAUAUUAAUAAUAAUAUCCACGUCAGCAAACACUAUGCCUACUUUUCCGGUGAGCCGCGGUGGGGGAGAUCGGCGCACAUGACGCUAACGUACGCCUUUUCCGGUAAUCAUAUGAUCGAUUAUUUAAGCUCCGACGACGUCCAAGACGCUUUCCGGCAGUCUUUUUCGCGGUGGUCGGCUGUAAUUCCGGUGAACUUCACCGAGUCAGAUGAUUACUCAACCGCCGAUAUAAAAAUCGGAUUUUAUAAAGGCGACCACGGUGAUGGAGAGCCGUUUGACGGCGUUUUGGGGGUUUUGGCUCACGCUUUUUCGCCGGAAAACGGUAGGCUGCAUUUAGAUGAAGCUGAAACGUGGGCCGUUGAUUUUAAAUCGAGUAAAUCAAAGGUGGCCGUUGAUUUGGAAUCAGUUGCAACGCAUGAAAUUGGGCAUAUACUCGGGUUGGCCCAUUCGUCGGUCAAAGAUGCAAUUAUGUACCCAAGUUUGAGUCCGAGAACUAAGAAAGUGGAUCUUAAAGUUGAUGACGUGGAGGGGAUCCAGGCGCUAUAUGGGUCGAAUCCGAAUUUUCGUUAUAGUUCGUUGAUGGAGUAUGAUAUAUCUUCGGCUUGGGUUAUUAGACUCCCCUUGAAUUGGUUGACUUAUUUAGUGGUAGUUUUGUAUUUUUUUUUUAUUUUUUUAGGGUAGUGUUUGGGCUUUUUUCCAGUCCUCAUACUUUCUAUUGUUUUUAUUUUAUUGUAAAAAAUUAAAGCCUCAGGAAAUAUACACUUUUAUACGUCUUUUGUCUAA